AUGGGUCUCUGUAUUUCCUCCUCCCACCCCAACUCCGGCAACAAGUUUCCGGCGACGGAGGAAAUAAUAGCCAACACGGUGAAGGUGGUCAACGCCGACGGCAAGCUGCAGGAGUUCCGGCACCCGAUCCGCGCCGGGAAAGUGGUGUCGCUGUCGUCGUCGCCGGGGAGAUGUUGUUUCGUCUGUAGCUCGGAAUCGAUGUCGAUCGGGGAACUGGCUCCACCGUUGGGAGACGAGGAGGAGCUGCAGCUGGGGCAGCUUUACUUUCUGUUGCCGGUCUACUACUUCGCUCGUAACCCGCUGUCGAUUUCGGAUCUGUGUGAUCUCGCCGUGAAGGCGAGCGCCGCUUGGAAAAUUGCCUGA